UUUUAUUUAAUUUUAUAUUUUUUGGGUGAGCCUUUUUGUCAUUUUUAUAGAGAGAAUUUUUAGUCCUCUGUUUUUCAUUCAAAACAAUUAUUAAAAAAAAAAGGAAAAAAAAAGAAGUGAGGAUUCAUUUUGCUCAAGUUCUAUUUUUCUGGGUUAAGUUUCUUGCUCUUUGGAUAUGGCAUCAGAUGAUAAGCCGGAUAUAGCUGAAAGGGUGUAUAGAGAGAAGGCUCCUGAGAAGGCUCCUGAGAAGGAAGAACAAGAGGAAGAAAAGGGUGGAUUCAUAGAGAAGGUGAAGGAUUUUAUUCAGGAUAUUGGUGAGAAGAUAGAGGGAGCAAUCGGAUUUGGCAAGCCUACUGCAGAUGUUAGUGGGAUUCAUAUUCCUCACAUCAGCCUUCACAAGGCAGAGCUUGUUCUUGAUGUUCUUGUGAAAAAUCCCAACCCCGUUCCGAUUCCCCUUGUUGACAUAAAUUACUGCAUUGACAGUGAGGGAAGGAAGCUGAUUUCUGGGCUGAUUCCUGAUGCUGGGACCAUUCAUGCUCAUGGCUCUGAGACUAUCAAGAUACCGGUCUGUCUGAUUUAUGAUGACAUUAAGCAAACUUAUAAAGAUAUUAAGCCUGGAAGCAUUAUUCCUUACAGGCUCAAGGUUGAUCUCAUCAUAGAUGUUCCUGUUUUGGGAAGGAUCACUAUCCCCCUUGAGAAACAUGGAAAGAUCCCAAUACCUUACAAGCCUGAUAUAGAUGUGGAAAAGAUAAAGUUUAAGAGGUUCUCUUUUGAAGAAACUGUUGCAACCAUUCAUCUCAAGAUAGAGAAUAAGAAUGACUUUGACUUGGGUCUUAAGGAUCUGGACUAUGAGGUUUGGCUAGGUCAUGUCAACAUUGGAGGUGCUGACCUCGAAAAAUCUAAAAAUUUGCCUCAAAAUGGUAUCAGCUAUAUGGAUCUUCCAGUCUCAUUCAGGCCCAAGGAAUUUGGAUCUGCACUGUGGGAUAUGAUUAGAGGGAAAGGAACUGGUUAUAGCAUGAAAGGAAAUAUUAAUGUUGACACACCUUUUGGUGAAAUGAAACUGCCCAUCAGCAAGGAGGGUGGUACAACUCGCCUUACGAAGAAAAAGAAAGAUGGAGGCAGUGACGAUGAUGAUGAUGAGGACUAGACCAGAUCUUUUGGAAUGCAAAGGUGCUAUGCUGUGUUUUACAUAUACAUGAAUUGCAACUUGUAGGAACCUGGGAGAGCUGAGUACUCUUGCGGUAAUGUCUGUUUGACGUGUUUGUUGUUAAGAUCGCAUUCAUAAUGGAGAGCUGUGUUCUUCUUAGACUUCUCUUCUUGCGAAACUUAAAACAAUUUCUAUAAUGAGAAUGAAAUGAACUGCUCCGUACAUCGGAUAGUUGAGUGCUUGAAUUUUUUUGUGUGCAA